AUGGAUAGUUAUAAUCAAACGUUUACAGGUUUUAUUUUAUUGGGAUUGUUCCCACCAUCACAAACAGGUCUAUUUCUCUUCAUUAUCAUUGUUCUCAUCUUCCUGACAGCUUGGAUUGGCAACCUGUCUAUGAUCCUCCUCAUCCUCCUGGAGUCCCGUCUCCACACACCCAUGUAUUUCUUACUCAGUCAGCUUUCUCUCAUUGACUUAAAUUACAUCUCUACCAUUGUCCCUAAAAUGGUGUCUGACUUCAUAUUGGGUAAUAAGUACAUCUCCUUCACUGGGUGUGGAUUUCAGAUCUUCCUCUUCUUGACUUUUGGGGGUGCUGAAACUCUUUUGCUGGCUUCUAUGGCCUAUGACCGUUAUGUGGCUAUUUGCUUUCCUCUCCACUAUGCCACACGCAUGAACAAAAGAGUCUGUGUGCUGAUGAUAAUAGGAUCUUGGGUGCUGGGGUCCAUUAACUCCAGUGCUCACACUGGGUAUGCACUUCACAUUCCUUACUGCCGAUCCAGGGCCAUCAAUCAUUUCUUCUGUGAUGUCCCUGCCAUGUUAACCCUGGCCUGCAUGGACACAUGGGUCUACGAGUACACCGUAUUUGUGAGCACAAUCCUCUUUCUUGUGUUUCCAUUUAUUGGUAUAGUGUGCUCUUAUGGUCGUGUUUUCCUUGCUGUCUACCGUAUGCAUUCUGGGGCAGGGAGGAAGAAGGCCUAUUCUACUUGUAGCACUCACCUCACCGUGGUAACUUUCUUCUAUGCACCAUUUGCUUACACCUAUCUACGCCCGAGGUCCCUCCGAUCCCCAGCAGAAGACAAGACUCUGGCAGUCUUCUACACAGUCCUCACCCCAAUGUUCAAUCCCAUCAUCUACAGCCUGAGAAACAAAGAAGUUAUGGAGGCACUGAGAAGGAUAACUCACAGAAUUUGCUUUUCAAAAAAUAUUGACAAGUUACCUACCUGA